AUGCUAGGCAGCUCCGUUCCUCAUGACGACCUUGCUGUGGCGGACCCUGCGGAGCCCAGACAGACGAGUCCGACGUUACAGGAGAUUUCAAGCCAAACUAAAGGCGUGACUGCUUGCGGUGCGCCGGGGCACACUGCGUCGGGUAUUGAGACGCAUCCUGCCAUGCGGUCCCCGUGUGUUCAAGCUUCUCCUUCGCUGAAGAGUUACAAGCUUCUGUCUCCUGCCAAGAGCCCUUUCGGGACCAUCUGCGAUUCGUUCAAGCACUCGCCUCUCGGAAGAGACACGCCCACCUGUCUGCGACCCUCACCCAACGGCGAGACGGACAACAUUGAGAAGGAGAGUCUCAAGUUGCCUCCUUUGGCUUUGCCUCCAAUGGCGAAAGCCUGUUCACAGCCGCGAGGGCUGCUAGAGUUGGAGCGAUCGCUGGACAACGAAAACCACAGAUGCAGGCUGAUCAUCCACGACAAAAGCGACGCUGCAGAGCUGAAGAAGGAGUUUCAGGUUCUGACUGCACUCGAGUUCCUCGCAUCGACUGCACUCGAAUGCAGCACAAAGGAAAUUUCUCGUUAG